AUGGAGAUGUUUGCCACUAACUUCUUAACCGGAGGUCCGGCAGCCUUCAUCCGCCGCUCGGAUUUCGGCGAAGAUUUUGUGUUUGGUUCCGCCACUGCUGCUUUCCAGAUUGAAGGUGCUCUUGACGACGAUGGAAGAGGAGAUUCCAUCUGGGAUACCUUUGCCAAAGAAAACAAUCUGUUUCACCCGUACGAUGAAGAUGCUGUCAAUCAUUACGAGAAGUUCGAGGAGGAUGUGAAUUUGAUGAAAGAGAUCGGAUUUGAUGCUUACAGAUUCUCAAUCUCAUGGCCCAGGAUUUUGCCAACUGGAAAAAUCGAAUCCCGAAAUCAAGAAGGGAUAGACUAUUAUAAGAAACUUAUAUGCAAGCUCAGAGAAAACGGGAUUGAACCAUAUGUGACACUUUUUCAUUGGGAUCUUCCUCUAACUUUGCAAGAAGAAUACAAUGGUUUUCUUGACCGUAGAGUGGCGGAAGAUUUUGGCGUAUAUGCGGAUGUUUGUUUUCAGGAGUUUGGUGAAUAUGUUGACCAUUGGAUCACAUUGAAUGAACCAUUCACCUAUGCCUAUUCUGCUCAUGUCGACAAAGUUCACGCUCCUGGUCUAGGAACCGUCCAUGACCAUCUUUUCGCAACCGGAACGAACACAGAGGGAUCGAAAGCGCCUACUGCGGUGGAAGAAUCUGCUGAUGAUUCCGGUGCUACUAAUGAGGCGGAGGAAGAGGAAGAGGAAGAGGAUGAGGAUGAGGAUGAGGAUGAUGGAGGUUCCUUAUUUCAUCCUUCUCGUUCAACCGUUCACCCGAAACAGACCCGAAACAAAGUGAUGAUUUUCAAACCAGCCACAUCUUGGGCCUCCGAAGCCGAGUACAUUGAUCCGUUUGCUUAUCCAUACAUUGUCACCCAUAACCUACUUCUUGCUCAUGCCAAGGCUGUGGAAAUAUUCAAGACCAAAUACCAGGAUCCCGACAAAAAGAAGAAAAUUGGAAUUACGUUGGUGUCAAUGUGGUUUGAGCCUCGCAAUCCCGAUGAUGAGAAGGAUAAGGCUGCUGCUUUGCGCGCCCUUGAUUUCUUCAUUGGCUGGUAUCUUGAUCCAUUGGUUCAUGGUGAUUAUCCCAAGAGUAUGAGGGAAUACGUAAAUCCAGAUCAUCUUCCUCAAAUGGAUGAUGCCGAUAGAGAAGCAAUUCAAGGAAGCUAUGAUUUUAUUGGUGUAAACUACUACACUGCCCGAUACGUUGGUCACUCUGAACCAAAGGGAAAACUCAAAAAAAUUGGCAGAAAUUAUGUCACCGACCAACACCUCAAGUAUUAUGAGUCGCGCAAUGAGAACGGAGUGGACGUUCCCAUUGGUAAAGAUACGGGUGCUUCAGCGUGGCUGAUAUCAUAUCCAAAAGGGAUUGAAGGACUUUUGCUUCACGUCAAAAACAAUUACAAGGAUCCACUCAUCUACAUCACCGAAAAUGGUAUUGAUGAUCACGAUGAUGAUUCAUCAAGGCAUUGGGACUCCUUCUUUGAUGAGAAGAGAGUGAGGCACAUCCAUGAUCACCUCAACUAUCUUCUCGAAGCUAAACGCAAAGGAGUGAAUGUGAAGGGGUACUUUGUGUGGUCCUUGCUGGAUAACUUCGAGUGGAACAAUGGUUUCCAUGCUCGAUUUGGGCUUAUUUAUGUUGAUUACAAGAAAAAUGGACAAAGGCAUCCCAAGCUAUCUGCUGCCUGGCUCAAACAUUUCCUCGCUGAUAAGUGUGACAAUUAA